AUGCUGCCAGACUUGGACGACCAACAUGUCGGGGGGUCAACUCGAUGGCUUUACAAAGUGCGUCCCAUCAUUGUCCACGCAGAUUCCAAGAGCUAUCACGGCAAGGGCAAGAGCAAGAACUACAAGCGUGAUACCAAUACACAGCCCUGUGCCAUUGCGGUCCUGAAAAAACCCACUUUUCAGGGGACGGACAUCGUCGAUGCUCCUGCUCUCGCUAUGAUUUUGGUCCACAUGAGGGCAUUUUAG